UCUAUUCAAGUUUCCAUUUCUGCUUUAACUGACGAUUCACGGCACUCCCUUCUAGUUCGCCUGUUUGUUGAAGUUCGCCGUAGCUACAAAGGAACCUGCCAAAAAAGCAUUAAAACAUGAUGCACACUUGGUUGCUGGUACUUGUCAUUUUGGCAUCUGUUUCUCCUCUAUUGGCCUUUGAGGUGAUCUGCGAGGCAAAGCCCCCUCAAAUGCAUGUUGGCAACAGUACAUCACUUAGAUGCUGCUGGAAAUGUGAGAGAAAAUGUGCUGCAGAAAGAAUCAUGUGGAUAAAAGAUGAUCACAUACUUCACGAACAUCCACCAAUUGAAUAUCAGAGAAAUCUAACAGUGAACAAGCGACUUCAAUUUAUGUACCAGAAUAUAGGAAAUGGAGAAGUUUCUUUGAACAUUGAAAAUCUUCAAUUGUCAGAUGAAGGAACCUACAAUUGUUUAGUUCUCAUCAGUCAAGCCUAUCGUGAGGGGAGAAUAAAUCUGAACGUGUCAGAUCAUGUGAAUCCAGAUGAAAAACAGAAAACUAAUUUUAGGUCACGUGGAGUUGGUGCAGGAGCAACAGCCUUAGUUAUUGUCAUAAUUGGGGUGGCCUUUGUACUUUUGAAGAAAAGAUUAGAAUGCAGUCACUUUCAAAAGAAAAAGAAAUUACCAAAGACUGGUUAUGGAGAAGAGUCUAGAAAACUAGAAGAUGAAUCCAAAAAAAGCAUCUGUCCAAAAGACGUUUACACUUGCUGUUAGCAAGACCCAAGUAGUUCAGGUA